UGGUCCCCAGGAAAACAAUGAAAUUGUGCAAGCAAGUGUUGACCUGUCCAAAAGGAUCAGAUUCAUCUUUUACAUUGCUGAGUGCACAUGUCCACAUCCCCUCUUCAAACAAGGACAUUGUAAUCCAGCUGUCAUUUUGUUUAUUUUCUCCACAGAUUUUUGAUUAUUUGGUCCUGAGAAUAUCUGACACUCACAAGAGGGUGAAGCAGAAAGCGCUGGACGUGCUGGCAGAAAUCAUUGGCAUCCUGGAAAAUGCCUUGAGCCCAGUGAUUGUCCAUUUGGUAGAAGGAAUUACAAAGAACCUGAACUCGAAGGAUCCUGGGGUUCAUUCUGCAGCUGUGAAAGCUCUGGAAGAAUCUAUUUCUCAUUUAGAUAAAGUAUCACUGAUGAAAGAGUUUGGCCACAGAUGGAGUCAACUGAGUGGCCAAGCUCUGCUGGAUGUCACUGAGCGUAUCACAGUGCUUGUGGAAUGGGUUUAUCCCAGGAGCCCUGAAGUCGUCCAGCGCUACGCCCUGCCCGUGCUCUGGUCCUUCCUGGGGAACAAGGCGCUGCCCGUGCGAAGCGCCAAUGUCCGCACUGUGGUCACCAAGCUUGCCUCUGCCCUCUACAAGGUGAUGGGCACCAAGCUGAGGAAGUGUGCUGCCAGCCAGCCUCCACAUGUGCGGCAAAACCUCUCCAACAUCUUGGGCUGGUGAAGGCCUGAUGCUCUCCAGGAAGAUGACGAAGAGCUGAGUUGGACACCUCCAGAUGUGAGUUCUUGGCUGUGCAAAAACAACAAAAUACUGAGGAAGGGUUUGCAUCCACCCCCGCUCCCUCCACUGCCCUUCCUAGUCAAGGCAUGGGGGGCCUGAAGCAACUCCAGAUUGAGAACGAGAUGAAGGCUGAGCAGGGCUCAGCCUCAGACACAGGCUCCUCUCUUGCCAAGAAGUUUUCUCUGCAUGCUUCAUGUGUGUCCUUAUCCACAAAGUCCUUGCCUCCCAUCCUGAAGAGCCCUCUUUCCUCGGAGCUCUGGAAGAAGCUUCUGCGUCUCCUAAGAGUGAUUGAAGAAUAGGAUUUAUGUGUUAGGCUUUAUAGUUACAGCUGUACAUAUGUUCUGAUAUUUUGAUCUACGUAGGAAUAAAUGUGUUUUGAUUGUA